AUGCUCCGCCGCCCCUUAACAGUCCUAAACAUCACGGCCGAAGACAUAGCGUCGUAUGAAGACCGAGCUCUUGAGCGCCAAAAAGCCCGCGAGAUGGCUGCUCGCACACAAGCCCGUCAGGAUGCCAUGAGACGGGGUCACGGCCACAGUCAUGGUCACGCGCAACCACUUCAGCAACAACAACAACAACAACAACAACAACAACAACCCAGUGCAGGAGCGAGGAUCUUUGGAAGGGAACAUCCCGGUGUUGGGAAUGUUGGGGCAAGUGGUGGGUUAGGCUUUGGUACAGGUGGUGGCGGCGGUGGUGGUGCAAGGAUAAGCGAACAGUAUAUGGGUAUGGGUAAUGAUGAAGAAGAGAGUGAAGAAGAAGAAGAAGAAGAUGAUGCCGGUGACGAAAGCUAUUAUGCGCAGCGCCAUGCGCAGAGACAGGCGAGGAUGAUGGAGCAGCAGCGGGAGGCGGCGCAGAGACAGGCGGCGCAGAGACUUGCGCAGCAACAGCAACAGCAACAGCAACAACAGCAAAGUCAGGUUCAGGUGGAAGAGAGGACGACGGCCACAGCACAGACCUCCACUACCACUACGGCCGGUCGAAGGGGUGAUACUACCGGUACUAGAGCACCACCAGCCACAACAGCUGCUGCUGGAGGGAGACAACCACGCGGCCAUCAAUCACGCGCGGCAGUCACACCCACUGGACCAACGACGACAGUAACGGCAGUGGAAACUCCAUCUGCCAUGCCAGGAGGAGGAGGAGGAGGAGGGGGAAGAGGAAGAAGAGGACUGCGCGGGGGCACAACAACAACAACGGGAACACGUGCAGGACAACAACAAACCCCGGCUGCCACAGGACAACACGACGGCGCCCAAGAAGAAGAAGCAAGAGAUGAAACAGAAGGAGAAGAAGAAGAAACCCAACGACUCGACCAAAGAGGAGGAGGAUACGGUGGUUAUGCCGGGGAAAUGGACCUUGACAUCAACACGCACAUUCCCUUUAUUUCCUCCUCCGAUGACAACAACAACAUGGAAGGAAUGGAAAUGCUUCUCCCACCCGGUUACCACCUGCACGGCGGCUACGGUCUGCAAGUUGAAAGCCAUGAGAUCCAGUUCCAUACUCCCCCCGUCGCAGCGCAGUCUGGGAACCAGGUGAUUGCUACGCCGCCACCGCCGCCGCCGCUGGCGGUGAAUCAACCUCAUCAACAUCAACAACAACAACGUGCCCCCCACCCUCAAGCUUCUUCUCAGUCCCAACACAGUCACCAAACAACACACCAUAACCAUAACCAACAACCGCAACCGCAACCCCCUCAUCAAAACACCCGCCGCCGCCUCUCCCAAUCCCAAAACAUCCCCCCUCCGAUUCCACCCACUCCAGUUCCCCGCACAACCACCACAACAACAACCCCCGCCCAGCGCGUCGCGGCCCAACAAGCCCACCAACGUGCCGCCGCUCAACAAGCCUCGGCCCUCCGUGCCCAAAGAAGGAGAAUGGCCAUGGAAGCGGAUGAGCAAGAGGGGCUGUACGCUCGCUUGACCAGGGAACAUCCUUCUUUGUCCGUGUCAUCCACUACGACGGCUGUGCCUGCUGCCCAGGGCUCUUCCGGUGUGGUUACUACGCCUGAGGGACAGGUGGGUAAUGCCGGUGGUGGUGCUGCUGCUGCUGGUGGAGCGAGGACUGCUGCGGCUCAGGGGAGACGGAGAGGCUAG